AUGGUAAAUAGGAACCAAAAUGUUGACGAAGUCGUACAACAAAUUCGACGUGAUGAUAUGGCAUCAAAUAAUAAUCUAGCAGCCAUGGUCGAAAGAAUCAUGGCGCGAAAUGGGGUAGAUGUUGGCCUCCAUAGGCCAAAUUACACAUCACCUUUAUCUGAGUAUGUUCUACAAUCAAAAUUACCCGCUAGAUGGAAAGUCCCUAAGUUUAUUAAAUUCUCUGGGGACACUAGUGAGUCCACUGUUGAACACGUGGAGAGAUACCUAAUAGAUGCAAGGGAAAUUACAAAUAAUGAGAAUCUUAGGAUAAAAUAUUUCCCAAGUUCCCUUAUGAAGAAUUCCUUCACAUGGUUCACCAUAUUACCAGCGAAUUCUAUUGAUACUUGGACUUAUUUUGAGAGAUUGUUCCAUGAGCCAUUCUACAUGGGACAGUCGAAGAUAAGUCUGAAAGAAUUGGCGAGCAUCAAACAAAAGUUCGCUAAGUCAAUAGAUGAUUACCUAAAUAGGUUUCGUUUGCUUAAGGCAAGAUGUUUUACACAAGUGCCUGAGCAUGACUUGGUCGAAAUGGCUGCUGGCGACCUUGAUUACUCUAUUAGGAAGAAAUUGGAUACCCAAUACCUGAGAGACAUGGCCCAGUUGACUGAUAGAGUUCGACAGGUAGAACAUUUGAAGGCUGAGAAAGCCAGAGCAAAGAAAAAUAACAUGAAAGAUAGAAUAGCUUAUGUCGAACUAGGUGAUGAUGAACCUGAAACGUAUGGUGAUCAGGUGAAUUUUGACGAAAGCAAAAUUGACCUUGCUGAACUAAAGCAAGGACCACAUUAUUCUUUCAAAUUCUUAGCGCCUUCAAAUGGGAAGAAUCUAGUCGAACCAAAAAAGAGUAAUAGGUUUCCUAAGAAAACUUAUACCUUCGAUGUCACCAAAUGUGACGAAAUCAUCGACUUACUUGUCAAAGAUUUCCAAAUGAUAGUGCCUCCUGGCGCUAAAAUACCUCCUUUAGAACAAAGAAAAAAGAGGGGGUUUUGUAAGUGUCAUAAUUUUUUGGGCCAUAAAACUUCACAAUGUUUUCUUUUCAGGGAUCUUGUGCAAAGUGAUAUUAGAGAUGAAAGACUCAAAUUCAGAGACAAGGCGAAGUCUCCAAUGAGGAUUGAUUCAGGCCCUCUCCAUAUCGCUGAUGCUCACUACACUGAACCAUCCAUGGUUAAUAUGGUGGAGAUAUAUGAAGGUUUUGGAAGGAAUGCUGAGAUGAUCGAAGUUGUUGAUGGCUUCAACCAUGGAGUUGCUGAAGGCUUCACCAACGAGACCAUUGAGGGUUUCGUUCAACAAGUCACUAAAGGCUUUAACAAAAAAUGUUCACAACAAUUGAAACCACUGAGGGUUUUGACAAAGAGGUUACUGAGGAUCUCAACCAAGAAACUGCUGAAGGUUUCACAACGAAUGAAACUACUAAAGGUUUCAUACAAAUAA